UUAGAAUAGAUAGAAUAUUAUAGCAUUAUAUGUGAUUAAAUAGUAUAAUAUUCUUAUCUCAAUUCUCAAUGAUUUUCAUUUGAUACGUUAGGGAUUUGGGAAUGUCAAUAUUAUAAUGUUUGUGAAUUAUAAAAUAGUAUUAUAGUAGCCACUAGCCAGUAGGUGCUAAACAGCUAUAUAAAUAUUAGAUCGUGCUAGGUGGACUUUAGUGCUGAGAAAUGUUAAUCGGCUAUUGUGCUUGAAAACAUUUUUUCAAGUUUUAUUGCAGUUUAUAAAACCUAAAAUGACAAUCUAAAUAGUUGUAUAUUUUUCUGUAAUAAAAGCGACGUGUUUUGAAAAUAAUUUCAUCUAGAUUUUUCGUUGAAUAUUAAACAUAAUGGCAAGAAAUUUGUCAGACAGCAGCGAUAUAUCUUCGUCGUUGUCAGAUGAGGAGGAGGUACCUAAACGAAAGAGCAAUAAGUUGAAAGUUCACCAAAUUGAAGAUCGAGCUACAUCAAAGUUUUAUACUAAAGAUGAUAGCCAAGAAGAUCUUCCAUAUGUUGCUGAUAAUGUUUUUAAAGUUAAAAAAACCAAACAAAACAAAUAUAAAACAAAAUUUAAAUCCAAAGGCCAAUCAUCAUUUAAAUCGAAUAAAACUAUAGAUGACUCAAAAGAAAUAAAUUAUGCUAACAACUAUGCUCCAAAUAAUCUUGAAAAAUCGUAUUUAAAUAAUCCAGUUGCAUUUAUGAAGAGCGAUAUUAAGCUAGAACGUACAAAUAAAAGAAGUUUAUCUUCUUCUGAAGAUAGCUCGGACAGUGAUAGUAUUAACUGUUUUUCAAAUCAUGGCCUACAAUCGAAGACUGAACCAUUUGAUGGUGCUUCUUGCUCAAGAACAAUUGAUUCUGAUUCAAAUGAAUCAGACGAUCAUCCUUCAAAGACUUAUGGAACUGUUGAAGAUGGAGAAAAGAGUAACAAGGGAAUGUCUUUAAUGAAAAAAAGUGGUUAUAAAGAAGGUGAAGGAUUGGGGAAAAAUGCUCAGGGAUUGGUAAAUCCAGUACAGUUACCUACUCAAAAAGGUCGUAGAGGUUUGGGUUUUGCAUCACGAGAGCCAAGAGAAUCUUUUGUUUUAGACUGGGAUCCUGAACAAGAAGAAUCUGCAGAUAUUUUAAAAGUGACUGAAUGGUUAGAAAAUGAAGAUCCCCUGACAUUAUCAAUUGAGGAUAUGAAUUAUUGGUUUGAAACUGGUGAAAAAAAAUUAACAUAUAAUCAAACAACAGAGUUUGCUGAUUCAGAGAUUUUUAAAGUUGUUAAUUGUAGCAAGAAUGUUUUGGAUAAUAUUGACGACCAUGAUUUCCGUCAUGCUAGAACUAAAGCAAAUCCAUUUGAAACGGUGAAAAAUGGAAUAUUCCAAAACCGAGCUGCAAUGAAAAUGGCCAAUAUUGAUUGGGCAUGUGAUUUUAUGUUCACUGAUCCUAAAUACAACGAUGGUUCAUCUAUGCUAACAAGUCCUAGUAGUUUACUCUAUUUUGCUGAUAUAUGUGCUGGACCUGGAGGUUUUUCUGAAUAUGUAUUAUGGCGAAAAAGUUGGAAAGCUAAAGGUGUAGGAUUUACAUUACGUAAUGCAAACGAUUUCAAAUUGAAUGACUUUUAUGCAGGUUCUCCAGAGUCAUUUGAAGCUUUUUAUGGUCAUGAUGAAGAUGGUGAUGUAUAUAAACCAAAAAAUAUUCUGUCAUUAGAAAGGUAUGUUAUGAAGAUGACUGAAGGAAAAGGGGUGCAUUUUGUUAUGGCUGAUGGUGGGUUUUCUGUUGAUGGUCAAGAAAGUUUCCAAGAAAUUUUAUCCAAACGAUUGUAUUUAUGUCAAGCUUUGGCUGCUUUAAGUAUUCUUCAACCGGGUGGACAUUUUAUGUGUAAACUUUUUGAUAUAUUUACUGAAUUUAGUGCUGGUUUAUUGUUCCUUUUGUACCAGAGUUUUAAACAAAUCAGUAUUUACAAACCAGUCACGAGUCGCCCUGCAAAUUCUGAAAGAUAUGUAAUAUGUAAAUGGAGAUUAGAUGACAUACAAGAUAUAAAACAAUAUUUAUUUAAUGUGAAUUUAACUUGGAAUGGAUUAGAUUCAAAAGAAGAUAUUUUAUCUAUUGUUCCAUUGCACGAAAUUCAAAAAGACACUAAUUUUUUUAGAUACCUUUGGGAUUCUAAUAAUAAAUUAGGACAGAUUCAAGCCUUGAGUUUAUCAAAAAUUGUGGCAUAUACUAAAGAUCAACGUUUAGCUGAUGAUAGACAAAAAGAUCUAAAAAAAAAAUGUUUAGAAUUAUGGGAAGUAAAAGAUGGUGUAAGACGUGCACCUUUUAGAAGUGAUCCUAAAGAUACUUGCAAUUCAUUGAUAACUGGAACAAAAGAUUUCUUACAGUCAUUACCAGAAGUUUUAAACAAAGAAAAUUUACGGAAGCACGUCAAGUCUGUGUAUGACUGGCAUUGUGUUUUGCUCAAUAAUUCUAAACCUCCUACAUAUUUUUUGAGUUUAGGUGGUAGCCAAGUUUAUGAAUUAGUUAAUAAUCAAUGGGUCUCUAAUGAAUAUUUAAAGAGUGUAAUGAUGAGUCCUGGCACACUUGUAUAUGGUGAACUAGCUAUUGAACUAGAAGGUGAAGAUCUGGGACAACUUAGAGUAAGAGUAUUGCAUAUUAUAGAUGCUUAUAAGCUUGGUAACAUUGAUAUUAGUAAUGAACAUUAUUUAUCAAGGAUAAAUUAUUGUAAAGAUUUUGCAAAGUCCAUGAAUAAAAUAGAAUCAGAUAAAACAAGAAUUAGAGUAAAAGAACCCGUUUACCUAGAAACCAUUUCAGACAUUUUUGAGAAAAUUGACUUUAGAUGGUCGAAGUUUCAUCGUAAAUCAGUUAAGAUGUACAUGUUGGAUAGUGAAAAAUAUUGUUGUGCUUCUGGAAUAUUAUUUAUUAAAGCUACAUUAAGUCCAUGGGUGAGGGCAUUAUCACGAACUUAUAAAACAAUGUACUAUGGUCAUCCAACUAAACAACCUAUAUAUGAAGAAGGAAACCCAGUUGCUGCAUAUGCUCCUUUUAGGGACUGCCGUACUACUAAUAAGAUAUGGUUUUGGAUGGAUGAAUUUGGAAAUCCGUUAAAAAAUCCAAGUUUAGAGCAAGAAGAUCUUGAGAAACUUAUCAAGUGAUCCAGAAUUAUUUUGAGUAUUCUUCUUGCUUAUAGAAUUUAUAAUUCAACAUUCUGAUUUAUUAUGUAUUAUAAGUUAUAACAUUAGAUUGGUCAUUUUAAUUGACUAACUAAAAAAAAAAAUUUUACGGGUAUUUUAUUUAAAAAAAACUUUAUUCUAAAAAUACAAAUCAAAUUUUCUUAAGACUAUGAAUUGUGCAUUAUCAUUGAAAAUAUAUACGCCAAAAAAACAGCUCUUUGAGAAAUCUAUAAUAUUUAUAAUCGAUGGUAUUGGCAUAUUGCUGUAGCUUAUAAUAAGUUCAAGGUAAACCAUAAAAAAUUUAAAAAUUGGAAAAAUAAUUUCUUUUUAUGUAAGAAACAUUGAGAUAUUUAUGUUUGACGUAUUGAGAACUUAUUGACUAGGUACUGUGUUAUGAAAUACAAAGUACAAUGAAUGGCUAGUGUACUUGUAUUAUAAAAUGUAUAAAAAAUAUUGUUUUAGCAUACAUUAUGUACACAAAACUCAAAUCACUAAUACUGUUUGUUAAUUGAAAAGUAUAAAGUUCAAAAAUCAUAAGAAAUAUUUGAACAAUUUAUAUUUCACCAUACAUUUAUUUUAAAUUGCUCAUCAUGUAAAUACACUUCCUGGGAACUGUGAGAAUAGAUAAGGUUAAUUCAAUAAUAAAUCAUAAACAUUAGCAUUAUAAUUAAACUGUUAAGCAAUUUUAAAUAUUAAAUUAUCAUAAUUCAUAAAAUAUAACUAUUAAAGUGUGUUAAUUAUUAUUUUUAUAUUAUUUUUACACAACAAUAAUACUUUAUUCUUAUGUUAAACUUGAACUUUUAUACUUAAGCAAUACAUUAAGGGGAUUCCAUACCGUGAUUUUCUGUUUUUGUCUAACACACGCGCGACAUAGGAUUUUAGACAGAUUCUUUGCCAAACAUAUCAAUCGAUCUAAUGAAGUGAUAAAAAUUCUGAAAACAGAUUUGAAUUUGUCGUCAAGUCUACUUGAAAUCGACUAUCCCACAAUUUUGAUUUAUUUAUUUCAGCUUCUCCAAAAAUUGAAAUACAAAAAUGUUUAAAUACUCUUUUUUAAUAUGACGUUUUCUGGAAUUUGGGGGAUGAUUUCAAAAAUGUGGGAAAGUCGAUUUCAAGUAGUCUUGACGACAAAUUCAAGUCUGUUUUCAGAAUUCUUAUCGCUUCAAUAGAUCAAUUGGAAUGUUUGGCAAAAAACACGUCUAAAAUACUAUGUCACAAUUAGUGUGUUAGACAAAAACAGAAAAUCUCGGUAUCGAAUCCCCUAAAACAAAUAAGUUAUUUUUAUGCAACAGUAUAUUUGAUGAUAUUAUUGUGAAUAAAGUAAUUUAUAUAUAACCUA